AUGUCAGUUUCAGCUGUGUUGGGGCCUCAAUUGGUGGCUAUGGGUGUGGCCGUGAAGAAGCCAUCUGCGACGGCGUCGUUUGGGGUCCCAAAGACAUCCCCAUGGCGCGGCUCAGUUGGUGGAGGGUUUGAGUAUGAGGAAAAAGGUGAUUUUGCAACCUCAACAAAACAUUUCAGGCAGGUGCUGUGUAACUGCUUUUUGGACUGCUUGAUAGCUCUUCUCAUUGUUGCUAGGCAACAGGUAUUUCAUGAGGAAGCUGAAGAAGGUCAAGAAGAGCAAUGGGAGGAAGAUCGAAAGAAAAAGAACUGGAGAAAUCAAUACAGGAACCCCCAGUCUGAUGUCAAUGCCAACCCCAUUGUAGUGAGUAGAAGGAGAUUUACAGUUUCAUAUUUCAACAGUUUCAUAAAGAAAGCAUUUAGGUGGUCUUUCGUUGCUUUGGAUGAAGCGGUUUGGUUGGUGUUUUCAGUUCUAUUAAGUAAGGGGUCAACUUCUUGGCCUUGGAUCAGCAUCCUCUGGUGCUCGGAUGAG